AUGCUCGAUGUUACUUCAUCAGCAUCGACUUCUUUAAAUAAAUCAACAAUAGAAACGUUAAAUCGUUCAAUAUCUCAAAUACCUAUGAAUGAAAAACGACGAAAUUAUCGAUUUUAUGCAGGAGAUCCUGCAAUUCAUCCAGCUGAAAAACGAUUGUAUGCAAAUGGAGAUUUCGAAGGAACACCACUUCAUGUUUCCGGAUCUGUAGAUCCACGUGAUAUAACACGAUUUGAUCGAUCAUAUUAUGAUUUACCUGUACCAAAAUUUAAACUCGAUCGUUGUUGGGUUGGUACAAUUCCAGCUAAAGAAGUAACAUUUCGAAAUUUAAAUGAUAAUAUAACAAAAACAUUUUUAACUGAUAUGUGUAAACGUUUUGGUGAAAUUGAUGAUUGUAGAAUAUAUUAUGAUCGACAAACAAAGAAACAUCUUGGAUUAGGAACAGUAAUUUUUAAAACAACAAAAUCUGCACGUGAAUGUGUUAAUGCAUUAAAUAUGACAACUAAAAUGGGUAGUAUUAUAUCUGUAUCAUUAGAAACGUCUGGUCAAGAACGUACUAAACAAUAUGCAACUAUGAUACGUGCACAAGAACAAGAAAAAGCUGCACAAGAAAAAGCAUUAGCUGCAUCAGCUGCUGCUUCUCCACCACCACCAUCCAUUGAUUUAAAUCUUAAUAAUAAACAAACAGAAAAAUCUCAUAUGUCUAUGAAAUUAUCUACGAAUCAUAAAGUAACAAAUCAUUUAUCUCAAUCAUCAAAUUCAUAUUCAACACAAAAUCAUUAUCGUACAACAAAAUAUUCUUCAACAUCAACUCGAUAUGAUUCACGUGGUCAUCAUUCCGUUAAUGAUAGUUCUGAACAAUUUUCAUUUGAUCCAUAUGGUUCAUUUGGUAAUAAUAGUAAUAAUUAUAAAUCAUCAUCUCAUCGAUCUCGUCAUCGAUCACAUAAUCCUCGUCCAUAUUCACAACAAAAUCGACGAAGACGAAAAACUAGUAGUAGUACAACAUCAUCAUCAACAUCUCGUUCAUCAUCAUCAUCAUCAUCAUCAAGUUCAAGUUCAACAUCAAGAUCAUAUUCAUCAUCAACAUCAAGAUCAAGUUAUUCAUCAAGUAAUAGUCCAAAUCGAAAAUUAUCAAAUGAUUCUCGAAUAAUAAAUUCCAAACAACAAAAUGAUGAUGAAGAUCAACGUCCAAGUUUAGAUGAACGUAUUGCAGCUUUAUUUCAACAGCAACAACAACAACAAACGACUAUUCCAACAUCUAUACCGACGAAACCUCAUCAUCGUCCAUUACCAUUACCAAAUGCUCAACUUCAAACACUUUUUUCUUAUCCACCACCACCAUUACCAACACCAUUAACAAAUGUUGUUGGUAGUCAUCAUCAUCAUCAACAAUCUUAUGGUGUUGUUAAUAAUUUUAAUUUUUUUGGUAAUUCAUUUCCACCAGCAUCAUUUUUAAAUUCAACUGGUGGAACUAAUUGGCAAGAUAUGUUUAAACAACCACCACCACCAUCAUCAUCAUCAUCAUCAUCAACAACAACAACAACAACAACAACAAUAAAUAAUCAAUCAUAUAAUACAUCAAAUGGUCUUCAACCACAUCCAAAUGAUAGUACUGAUGAACGUGAAAGAAAAACAAAUGAUUUAACAACAGCUGUAUCAAAUAUUGUAACAGGAGAAUUAGUUGAAAUACUUCGAAAAGAUUUAGCUAAAAAACUUAUUGAAACAUUAGUUUAUAAAUCUAUUGAAACAUGGUAUGAUAAUGAAGAAAGAAAAGAUAAAAUAAGAAAAAUAAAAUCAUCUGAAAAUUCUCUUAAUGAACAAAUAUCUUCUAAUAAUGAACAGUCAAAUCAAUUACAUCAUUCAUUAUCAAAUCCAUCAUUAGAACGAACACCAGAUGAAACGCCUAAUCCAUUGACAGUACCACUACAUAAUUCUUCUUCAUCAUCAACAAACUUAUCAACAUAUUUUGAACAUAUGAAAGAUAGUGUAGGUUCAUCUAUACGGUCACAAAUGCCAAAGAUACCUUCAUUUAAAAAACGAACCAUUCCAAAUGAAAAACCAACUCUUCCACAAAAACCAACAAAACCAAUUGAAAAGAAAGAAGAAGAACAACAACAACCACGAAAAAUAUCUCAAAAACGUUUAAGUUCUAGUAGUAGUGAUUCACAUAUGACACCUGAAAAUGAUGAUAGUCAAAGUCGAGAUUCUGUUUCAAUACCUAAUGAAGAUAUAUCAUCAUCAGAUACAAAAACUGAUAAUAAAACUUCUAUUGAUCAUCCAACACUUGAAGAAGAAGAAGGAGAAAUUAAAGAUGAGGACAAUGAAGAAGAACAGAAUAAUUCGAAUCAGAUGGAUACUGAACUAGAACCCCAACCACCACCAUCAACCACAACACCGCCAACUAUAAUACCAUCACCACCUCCACGAGCAUCGACACCACCAAUACUACCACCAGAAUCGACACCACCAGUAUUGACACCACCAGUAUCGACAUCACCGAUAAAGAAAAUCUCGAAUAAAAACAUCAUUAAACAGAAUAAAAAACCUGGCCCAACAAAAAAACGAAAAAUGGAACAAAUUAAAAGUGAACCAAUACAAGAACAAGAUGAUAUUGAGAAUAGUACAUUAGCAAAACGAAAGAAAAGUGCAUCAAGUCUUAAUCAAGUAGCACAUAACAAUAAUUCAGAUACACAACCGACUCAAACAUUUAAUUUGCUUGAUAAUUUUUCUGAACAAGUACGAUUAUCAACUAAAUCUUAUAAUCCAUUUGCUUAUAUUGAAUUUGAACAUAAUUAUGCUAUUAUGGCAAAACAACCUGUACCAGUAGCUCAUCGAUUAACUAUUGAUGGUUUAAAUGAUAUGGGUAUUCAAUUUCCAAUAAUAAUUCCUCCAACACCAAAAUUUCCAGCACGUGCACAUGAUGAUGAAAUGCGUAUUAUGUAUGAACUUGAUCAAGGUGUUGAUGAAGAAGAUAUGUCGUAUCUUAAACAAAGUUUUCAAAGGUUAUGUGAAGAAGGACAUUCAUGUACUACAAAAACACGUUGGGUUGAUCAUCCACCAAGUCGAGAUUCACCAUUUAUUAAACAACCACCACAAAAACAUCGAACAGGAUGUGCUAGAACAGAAGGCUAUUAUAAAAUAAUAAAAGACGAAAAAAUUCCUCGUUUAAAAACAUCUGAUGAUUCUCAAAGUUUAUCUAUACUUCCACAAGCUAUGCUUGAUACAAGUCGUACAACUGGUGCCCAAAUGUCACGUGAACUUCGUAGUGAACAUCGAAGAAAUUUAUUAGCAUUAGGUGAUGCUGAAUUUGCUGAUCAUUUUAAAUUUAGUCAACUUAAAUUAAGAAAGAAACGUCUUCGUUAUGCUAAAUCAAGUAUACAUGCAUGGGGUUUAUUUGCUUGUGAACCAAUUGCAAUGGAAGAUAUGGUUAUUGAAUAUGUUGGUGAAACAAUUCGACAAAGUAUUGGUGAUCUACGUGAAAAACAAUAUGAAUUAGAAGGAAUUAAUUCGAAUUAUAUGUUUCGUGUUGAUUCCGAUACAAUUGUUGAUGCAACUAAAUGUGGAAAUCUUGCACGAUUUAUUAAUCAUAGUUGUGAUCCAAAUUGUUAUGCAAAAAUAAUUCCUGUUGAGUCACAAAAGAAAAUAGUUAUCUAUUCAAAACGUGAUAUACGUCUUGGAGAAGAAAUAACAUAUGAUUAUAAAUUUCCACUUGAAGAACAAAAAAUUCCAUGUUGUUGUGGUGCGCCAACAUGUCGUGGUUCACUAAAUUAA